AUGGGCUGCCUCACCUGGGACAGAAAGACAGGAGGGCUGCAGCAGCCAUGGGCUGCCUCACCUGGGACAGAAAGACAGGAGGGCUGCAGCAGCCAUAGGCUGCCUCACCUGGGACAGAAAGACAGGAGGGCUGCAGCAGCCAUGGGCUGCCUCACCUGGGACAGAAAGACAGGUGGUGUGUGCAGCAGCCAUGGGCACCUGGGACAGAAGGACAGGACUGCAGCAGCCAUGGGCUGCAGCAGCCAUGGGCUGCCUCACCUGGGACAGAAAGACAGGGGGGCUGCAUCAGCCAUGGGCUGCCUCACCUGGGACAGAAAGACAGGGGGUUGCAGCAGCCUUGGGCUGCCUCACCUGGGACAGAAAGACAGGGGGCUGCAGCAGCCAUGGGCUGCCUCACCUGGGACAGAACAGGGGGGCUGCACAGCCAUGGGCUGCCUCACCUGCAGAAAGACAGGGGGGCUGCAGCAGCCAUGGGCUGCCUCACCUGGGACAGAAAGACAGGGGGGCUGCAGCUGGGCUGCCUCACCUGGGACAGAAAGACAGGAGGGCUGCAGCAGCCAUGGGCUGCCUCACCUGGGACAGAAAGACAGGAGGGCUGCAGCAGCCAUGGGCUGCCUCACCUGGGACAGAAAGACAGGAAGCAGAUGGGCUGCCUCACCUGGGACAGAAAGACAGGGGGAAAAUGCAGCAGCCAUGGGCUGCCUCACCUGGGACAGAAAGACAGGGGCUGCAGCAGCCAUGGGCUGCCUCACCUGGGACAAGAAACCACAGGGGGCUGCAGCAGCCAUGGGCUGCCUCACCUGGGACAGUAAGACAGGGGGGCUGCAGCAGCCAUGGGCUGCCUCACCUGGGACAGAAAGACAGGGGCUGCAGCAGCCAUGGGCUGCCUCACCUGGGACAGAAAGACAGGGGGGCUGCAGCAGCCAUGGGCUGCCUCACCUGGGACAGAAAGAAAGGGGGGCUGCAGCAGCCAUCUACCUUGGGACAGAAAGACAGGGGGCUGCAGCAGCCAUGGGCUGCCUCACCUGGGACAGAAAGACAGGAGGGCUGCAGCAGCCAUGGGCUGCCUCACCUGGGACAGAAAGACCUGCAGCAGCCAUGGGCUGCCUCACCUGGGACAGAAAGACAGGGGGCUGCAGCAGCCAUGGGCUGCCUCACCUGGGACAGAAAGACAGGAGGGCUGCAGCAGCCAUGGGCUGCCUCACCUGGGACAGAAAGACAGGGGGGCUGCAGCAGCCAUGGGCUGCCUCACCUGGGACAGAAAGACAGGGGGGCUGCAGCAGCCAUGGGCUGCCUCACCUGGGACAGAAGGACAGGAGGGCUGCAGCAGCCAUGGGCUGCCUCACCUGGGACAGAAAGACAGGGGGGCUGCAGCAGCCAUGGGCUGCCUCACCUGGGACAGAAGGACAGGGGGCUGCAGCAGCCAUGGGCUGCCUCACCUGGGACAGAAAGACAGGAGGGCUGCAGCAGCCAUGGGCUGCCUCACCUGGGACAGAAAGACAGGGGGCUGCAGCAGCCAUGGGCUGCCUCACCUGGGACAGAAAGACAGGGGGCUGCAGCAGCCAUGGGCUGCCUCACCUGGGACAGAAAGACAGGGGGCUGCAGCAGCCAUGGGCUGCCUCACCUGGGACAGAAAGACAGGGGGCUGCAGCAGCCAUGGGCUGCCUCACCUGGGACAGAAAGACAGGGGGCUGCAGCAGCCAUGGGCUGCCUCACCUGGGACAGAAAGACAGGGGGCUGCAGCAGCCAUGGGCUGCCUCACCUGGGACAGAAAGACAGGGGGGCUGCAGCAGCCAUGGGCUGCCUCACCUGGGACAGAAAGACAGGGGGGCUGCAGCAGCCAUGGGCUGCCUCACCUGGGACAGAAAGACAGGGGGCUGCAGCAGCCAUGGGCUGCCUCACCUGGGACAGAAAGACAGGGGGCUGCAGCAGCCAUGGGCUGCCUCACCUGGGACAGAAAGACAGGGGGGCUGCAGCAGCCAUGGGCUGCCUCACCUGGGACAGAAGGACAGGAGGGCUGCAGCAGCCAUGGGCUGCCUCACCUGGGACAGAAAGACAGGGGGGCUGCAGCAGCCAUGGGCUGCCUCACCUGGGACAGAAAGACAGGGGGGCUGCAGCAGCCAUGGGCUGCCUCACCUGGGACAGAAAGACAGGGGGCUGCAGCAGCCAUGGGCUGCCUCACCUGGGACAGAAAGACAGGGGGGCUGCAGCAGCCAUGGGCUGCCUCACCUGGGACAGAAAGACAGGGGGGCUGCAGCAGCCAUGGGCUGCCUCACCUGGGACAGAAAGACAGGGGGGCUGCAGCAGCUAUUGGAAAAAUGA